AUGUUAAUUAUGUAUGUAAGCCUAAUAAAUUUCAAUGACUAGCCUUAGUUUUUGCUGGCCAGAGGCAAACAAACAUCAGCUGUGCAAUAGUGAAAACAGGAAGCCUUUUUUCUUUUUUAAUAUUGUUGCCUUUUUAAGCUGUAUCUUUAUGAAUUCUCAUGUUAUUUUAAAAUGUUUUGAAGAACUUGUUCACAACUCUUGACGCUUUCUAGGUUAGAAUGGAGGUUUAAAUAUUUUAAUUACAUAUCUGGGAUGUCACUGGAGUUACGGACCUUUCUGAUCCAUUGGCUGCUUUUGAGAUGUGCGUACGAAUUCAUGCUUGUAUUUGUACAGAGUAAAAACAAACUAAUAAACAAUGCAGUGGAGGCUACAUCCACUGGCAGAUAUUGGUGGAGAGGGCAGAAGGUGUCACUGUUAUUGUUGGCUUUGAGAGCAACCACUAGCAGAAUUCUUGACAGGCAUGUUCUGCAUUUAUGAAGUUAAAGCUGUAAACUUUGAAGCAAACUGUACACUAAAAACUGAUGUAAAUGUUUCUUUUGGCAGUGAAGACUAUUUGAGCAGUUCCUGCAGAUUUCCUGUAGUGAAACCUGUUCCCCUUUACUGCACUGUGAUUCCUUAGGCUACUGAUUUUUUUUUUUGACCUUUCAGUCACACCAGGCUAUUUUUAAUGCGCACAGGUUUGUGUCCUAGUGCCUUGAAAAGCUAUACUAACACAGCUGAAGGAGCAGCACAGGAGCAAGUCUCAAGAUGGCAGAGUUGUUCAUGGAAUGUGAGGAAGAGGAACUAGAACCAUGGCAAAAGAGAGUGAAAGAAGUGGAGGAGGAUGAUGAUGAUGAUGAACCGAUCUUCAUCGGGGAAAUCUCAAGCUCAAAGCCAGCUAGUACAUAUAUAUUGAACAGAGUCAACUUCAGCUCAUCACGAAGGCAGAUACAGAAUGGUGCACCCAGUAGCGGUAUUAUAUUGUCCUCGUAUGGUACAGUUACUUCAUUCAAGUCUGACAGUCACCGUUAUGCAACACCUGCCUCCAGUCCCAGUGCCAUGCCUGUUUCAUCAGUGUUUCAGUCUGUAUCCAGAUCUACUGCUAGCUCUGUAGCAGUUCAGCCAUUGUCUAGACCAGUGAAUGUUUCAGGAGCUUCACAGACGCUGCAGAGACCGGUUGCUGGAUGUUUAUCAACACAGCAGAUGACCCGAUCAAGUUCUGGAAUAUCACAGCCUGUUAGCAGACCUGUAACCAUUCCAGUCACGACACAGCCAGUAUCAAGAAAUAUCACGGUUCCUCUAGUGGCCCAACCUGUAUCCAGGCCAGUGACCUCUGUAACAACACAGCCUGUCAUACUCAAUCAGGAUUAUAUUAUGGAUUCUCCACCAGAUGCACCAGAUAAUACAUCUGGUAUACUGUUCGGUGUGAGACAGAGCUCGGGAGUUCCACAGUACCAGACAGAGCCAACAGUGAGUCUGACAGAUUCAAAUACUGCAUCAAGCAACAUUAAGAAUGGAGGGCCAUUUCCAAGAGCUUGUCCGAAGUGCAAUAUUCAUUUCAAUCUUAUGGAUCCUCUAAAAAAUCAUAUGAAGUAUUGUUGUCCAGAUCUGGUUAAUGACUUUUUUCUGGGCGUGGUCCAAACCGAAUGUUCUACUGCAACAAGCAAGACUACUGAAUAUGAGAAAGGAAAAUUGAUUAUGUUAGUUAAUGAUUUCUAUUAUGGGAAACAUGAAGGUGAUACCCAACAGGUACAACAGGAGCAGAAGACUCAUACAACAUUUAAGUGCUUCAGCUGUCUGAAAGUUCUUAAAAAUAAUAUAAGGUUUAUGAACCACAUGAAACAUCAUUUAGAGCUUGAGAAGCAGAGCAGUGAAAGCUGGGAAAGCCACACCACCUGCCAGCACUGUUACCGUCAGUUUCCCACCCCAUUCCAGCUGCAGUGCCACAUUGAAAGUACACACACACCUUAUGAGUCUUCUACUAUUUGUAAAAUCUGUGAAUUAUCCUUUGAAACAGAACAAGUUCUUCUUCAACAUAUGAAGGACAAUCAUAAGCCAGGUGAAAUGCCAUAUGUUUGCCAGGUAUGCAACUACAGAUCCUCAGCUUUUUCAGAUGUAGAAACACAUUUCAGAACAGUUCAUGAAAAUACAAAACAUCUGCUAUGUCCAUUUUGCCUCAAAGUAAUUAAAAUUGGAGCACCGUAUAUGCAUCAUUACAUGAGGCAUCAGAAAAAAGGAAUAUACCGUUGCACUAAGUGUAGACUGCAGUUUUUGACUUGCAAAGAAAAAAUGGAUCACAAGACUCAGCAUCACCGAACAUUUAGAAAGCCUAAACAGUUGGAAGGAUUGCCUCCUGGAACAAAGGUUACUAUUCGAGCAUCUAUUGGAUCUCUUCAGACAGGAUCUUCAGUUAGCACAAGCACAUCUACGUUUCAGUUAUCACCUAAAGCGAAGAAUACAACUGCUAGAAAUCAUAGCAGAUCUAAUUCAAAUAAAUCGAAAGCAAAAUCAAAACCAACUGCAUUGAAGAAGCAAAAUGCAUGGACCAACAGCAGUAGCAAAAAAAAGGUUACAAAUACAGCAUUGCAUAAUCUAAGGUGUCGUUUGGGAGCUCACAAAUGCAUUGAGUGUUACUCAGAAAUAAAAGAUUUUGCAAGUCAUUUUCCUGCGUAUGUCCAUUGUAGCUUAUGCAGAUACAAUACUAGCUGUAGCAAAGCCUAUGUGAAUCACAUGAUGAGUUUUCACAGUGCUCGUCCAAGUAAAAGAUUUUGGAUAUACAAGAAGCAUUCAGAAGAGCUACGAGGUGUGACUGUAGUAUGUCUUAACUGUGAUUUUCUGACUGAUGGUUCUGGCUUAGAUAGGAUGGCCACACAUCUGAGCGAAAGCCAUGCUCAUGCUUGUCAAGUUAUUAUAGAGAAUGUUUCUGUAGAUUUACCAACUGCUGAACAAGUAUCUGACAAACAGGAGCUUGAUUCUUCAGAGGAAACAAAAGAAUGCAAUAGAAACCAAAAUGAAGUUGCAUCGGUUGAAAAGACUGAAGAAAGUUCAUCAUUGUCAGAUACAGAAAAUGUUCCCAAUUUGGAACUCCAUGAUAACAGCACGAAGAAAUCUUUGCAUGAGAAAGGAACAUGUUGUGAUUCAGAUCAUAACAAACAAUUGGUAGGCGAGAAACAAAAAUGUAUUCAUGGAGAAAGUGAGUUGAAAACUUGCCAAAGAUCAGAUGAUGUUGUCUUGACUGAUCAGACUAAAGUGCAAAACUUGGAUAAAAUUACACUUUCAACAAUGAAUGCAAAGGACUUAAAACUAACUUUGGGUGAAGAUGUUAGUUUUGAGCAGUUCUUGAGAAAAAGAAAUGAACCCGAAUCAGUUAGUUCAGACAUGAGUGAACAAGGCAGUAUUCAUUUGGAGCCUUUGACUCCGUCAGAAGUACUAGAGCAUGAAGCAACUGAAAUUCUUCAGAAAGGUAAUGUUGCACCUUCAUCAAAGCAAGCUGAACAACUCUCUGAACAAAUAGACAAGACUUCUCAAGAAGACAGUCCCAGCAGAAUGGAAACAACUGUAAACAAAACAGAUGAAAACGAAGCAAGCUGAAAUUACAUUCAUUUCCUUGUGUAUUAUAUAUAGUGAUAGGAACACCAUGGACCAUUCCUGAUGAGUGUGCUCAUUGAUGCUAAAGGUUUGGAGGUUGGGUUUUUUUGAGAGGAAAAUUUGGCAUAUACAGAUAACAUAUGCACAAUCAAAUGAAUCAAGUAAAUUUAGAAAAGGUAAUGUGUUUUUAAGUUUAUAUGCCUGUUUCUUCUCUCAUAUAAUAUCUGAAUAAACUGAGUUGAAAGGAAGAAAAAAAUCUAUUUUUUGUAUCUGGAAUAAGAUUAUUUGCAAGCCAAGAGAAGAUUUUAAACUCUUUUAAUAAAACACCAGAACUUAAUAUGAAUUUAGUUCAAAUGUUAAAAUGAAGCACACUUGUAGCAAUGGUUGUUGGUCUGCUGAUAGCUGGGUAAACACAAGCUUUGGAUUUGGUAUCACAUUCCUGUCUGUAAAAGCAUGUAAACAAUUAUAUGAAUCUAUGCACCUCUGUACAGGUGUAAUCCUGCCAGACUGUAGACUUGACUUAAACUUUCAGUGAAAGUGGAAAUAUUACAAUAAAAUAUAUAUAUUUGUGGGGUUUUCAGUAUGCAGACUGUGCAGAAAUACCAGACAUAAUUGUACAAAGUAGGACAUAAUGCUAAAAGUUCUGUAGCUUUUAGGCUUUUACCAUUGUUUUAAAUAUUCUUAGUGGUAGACCCAUAGAAAUGGUCUGUAAGGCAAACCAAAGUAUGGUUUAAUGUAAAAUGUUUUAAGCAAGAAGGAAAAAACCCCGAACUGGAAGUACCAGCUGGCAUGUGUUCUGCCAUUUAGCAGCUGCUACUUGCUAACCCUUAGAAAAAAGGACACAAGAGCAUAUACUGUGGGAAUGUACAGUUCAAUUUCACAACUUUUUGUAGUCUAAGUUAUAUUCAAAAAGAUAGCUGCUGGUUUUUUGUUGUUUUUUUAUAGUUAGCAGUUAGGUGUAGAAAUGAAUAUGACAGUAGCUUGCUCUUACAACUUCCUUGCUCCAUUUGAAACAUUCAGAAUGUGCUUUUGACCUGGUUUUGUUUUUAAUGUGUUAAAUGUUUUGAACAGCUGUAAAGCACUGCUGUAAAUUAUUCCUUUUUUGAGUAAAUAUUUGCAACAAAAUUUUGUCUUUGUGAAUAAUUUCACUGCUCAGCUUGAAACUUUGGGCAUAAUAUUCCCACCUUCUUAAAAAAGAUUUAGUAGCAGUUUGCAGGAACAGUUUCAUUUUAAAGUUUUCAUUUUAAAAUUGUGAGUUUGAUGCUUAAGUAAUUUCUUUUUUUUUUUUUUUUAAGAAUUAAAUGAGCAAGUGCCUAUGCAUAAGAAUAUUUUUCUAGCUGUGUAUUGUGGUUAGAUGUGCUAACUUCUCCAGAUUACGUAGAGAUAUUUUUCUGGACCAUCAGCAUGCAAUUGAAGUUCACUUUGUCCUUCUGUGUUGUCUAGACUUGGCUUUUAAAUGAGUCUAAUCAGCAACAGCAUUAACUUAUGGAGACCAUCUUGCUUGUUGUUGAAGUCUCUAAAUAAACCACAUCUCAAAAUUGCUUAAGACUCUGAAGAGUCACAUGAAUUAAAUUUUAAAUUGCUCCUUAAUUUUCAUCCAUGCAGAUGAAAUCCAUGCCUAUUUAAAAUAAAAGUGGAAUGACUUAAGUAGUCACAGCUCUUCUGCUUAAAGAAUUCCAAAUAAAAUGAAAACAGACCAAAAAAAAAAACAAAAAAAAACUGAGAACAGUAAGUGGCAAUAUUCUUCUCUCCUUUGAAGUUAUACUGAAAUUGUUAAUUUGAGGUGUUAUUAACAAGUCUAUUGUCUUCAUGCAAGUAGACACGAGGGAAUAUAAAAUACAGCAUCCUAAGAAGGAAAGUUCAAAGGAGUAAACCAGCUAUGGAACUUCUUGUAUAUGUUACUGGAGCAGCUCAUGCGUGCAUAUGAACAAAGAGAAACCUGUGAUAUUUUUAAUCUGAACGUUGAUUUUACAUGCCAAUUAAAUACUUUGAAAAAUUCGUAUGUGGUGUUGGCAAAGAUUUAACUUCAAAUGGAACCAGUUCUAUGAUACUUGCUUGUAACUUCCUCACAUUUGUCUUUUAUGCAAUUAAAUUUUUAAAAUAUU